CAGAACGGCAGUUUGAAGCAGAGCCUCAGCCCGCACACCUGCCGUUACAGCCCGUUCAAUCUCCCCCAACGGGAGCUGGCGGCCAUGAUGGCUUCGACUUCAGGCUUCUCUCCAGUAUUUUCGUGCACCGAUCCAGAGUCAGGUGUGGGCGGAGCUAUGCGUACUGUUUGAGGUGUUUGAGUCUGUGCCACUGAUCUAGGAUCGUAGGGGGUGGAGUCUACUUGUCUACUUAAAUAUUAAGUUCGAUCAUUUAACAUUUACGUUUAACAUUUAACAUUUACAUUUAACAUUUAACAAUCAAAUGCCUUUUUCAGGUCAAUAAAUAUAUAUAUAAAUAUCAGGUCAGUAAUGGCCAGUGAUGUUUGAACUCUAGUAUUCACCAUAGCCAGUUGCCAUAUUGCCUGCAUUCAGCAUUCUUGACCAUCACCUGUUUCACCUGCUCUUGCUCUGAAUUUAGACCUUUAUCUGAUUUCUGAGUCCAUGCUGUGCAUUUGGGUUCGUAGCCUUGCCAAACCUGACACCUUAGCCCUAAGACCACAUCUUAACCAUCAAACCUUUCGAAAAAUGUCCUCACGCUGUCAAAAUGUCCCCACGUUUAUAGGAAAAUGUGUUUUUUGCUUUUCACCUUGAUACAAGUACAAGUACACACACACACGCACACACACACACACACACACACACACACACACACACACACACACACACACACACACACACACACACACACACACACACACUGUGUCUGGAGUCAGGAAGGAGGGACAGCAUCUGAAGCAGGUGGAGGAGGGAGGGACGGCAGCAGGCACAUAAAUCAGUGUUUGUCGCAGCCUCAGCUCUGGACCUGAUGAUGGAGGCCCAGGUCGCAGCCCAGUUCUGCUUCCCACAUCUGCUCAACAUCUCCUGCAGGAAGCCGGUGUCCAGGUCCAGACUGGUGCUGCUGAACAUCCUGGUGUCGUCUGUGUCUCUGCUCACUGUGACUCUCAACCUGCUCGUCAUCGUCUCAGUCUCUCGCUUCAGGCAGCUCCACACUCCCACCAACGUCCUGCUGCUGUCUCUGGCCGUCUCGGACUUCCUGGUGGGCCUCGUUCUGCUGCCGGGUGAAAUCUUCCGUAAAACGUCCUGCUGGUUUCUUGGUGAUCUCAUGUGUUCUCUGUAUAAAUUUGUAGCCUCUCUCACGAUCUCUGCCUCAAUAGGAGACUUGAUUCUCAUCUCGGCCGAGCGCUACGUGGCUAUUUGUGACCCUCUGCGUUAUCCCACCAGAGUCACCGUACCGAGGGUCCGAUCAUGUGUUCUCCUGUGCUGGUUCUGCUCUGUUCUCUACAGCUGUGUCUUUGUGAAGUCCGGUGUGACUGAACCGGACGGAGACAACUCCUGCUACGGCGAAUGUGCCAUAAUUGUUGAUUUUGUUACAGGUUCUGUUGACAUAGUUGUGAGCUUCAUUCUUCCAGUCUCCGCCAUCGUGGUUCUGUACAUGCGAGUGUUCGUGGUGGCCGUGUCUCAGGCCCGGUCCAUGCGCUCUCUCGUCAGAGCCGCCACUCUGCAUGGAUCCGUUUGUGUGACUGCGAAGAGGUCGGAGCUGAAGGCGGCCAGGACUCUGGGGGUUCUGGUUCUGGUCUUCCUCAUAUGCUUCUGUCCAUACUACUGUGUGUCUCUGGCAGGCGGCGCUGUUCUCAACGCUUCCUAUGUGAUCUACCUGUUCUACCUGAACUCCUGUCUGAAUCCGGUGAUCUACACCUUGUUCUACCCAUGGUUCAGACGAGCCGUUAAACUCAUCGUGACGUGUAGGAUUCUGCAGCCGGGAGCUGUGGGGUGACUGGACCACAACCUGCUCGUUACUGGUGUUUGGCAGCAUGAAACGUGUGAAACGUGGCUGUGCUCCCAGUGCAGCCUCGUCUUGUUUUAUUCGAUGUCUGCAUCCUUUGCCUAUGAAAUAAUCAUAGAUGAUGUUAAAACAUAUAAAGAAAACACUGAAGAUAAAUAUUAUUCAUACCUGGAUUCACAAGAACGACUACUAUCAACAAUCAGCAACACACUGAACUGGUCGAAUGUAUGAAAUGUGCAGUGACAUUUUGCUGAGUCUGUGUUUAGACGUGUGACAUUUGUGAUCGUGUUAGUUGAAUCUUAUGCGGCACUAAUAAACACAAUUACAA